AUGCCGACAUCUACUAUUCCAUCAAAGAGCCUAUUCGUCGUAAGCCCUUCUAGUUCAUCUACAUCAGCUAAUAUCGAAUCGCCUGUUGUGCCCCGAGAAUGGUCUGUUACGGGCUAUCAUUCGUAUCUUAAGGCAGUUCAGUUGAUCGAUCCAGGUCCAGUCCGCCUCUCUUCGGGAAGGAGGUCAAGCAGGGCUUCUUUAACCUUGGGGAGUUCUUCUGAAGCUAUGUCCGCUGACGAAGUUGGGGAGCUUGGCCAGUCUCUCUAUCGCCCUGACCUUCGAAAGAGGAUCCUCUUUUCUGGCACUAAGUUAUCCUUCGCCCGAUUCGACAUCGGAAGAAGCCCCACUAUACUAGAUUUAAGCAAUUCGGGUGUGGAUCCAUCAAUGGCUAGACGCACUUCACUUUCUAUCGGACGUCCGGUCGGUGGCAGGAAUUACUUAAAAGGCCUCACCUGA